AUGCUAAGCAACGAGAUACAUGCCAUCCUGAUCUUUGUCCUUCUUCCUCUGUGCAGCGCCGUCAUAGUGACAGUACCAAUCAAGCGCACAACCAUUCGCUUCAAAUUCGACGACUGGCAAUUCUACAACCAACAUGUCGGCACCUUCCAAAAAUCCGAGCCCUUCACCGCGUCUGUCGAUUUGAGUUGGUCAGACACGUUCGUCCCAUCUAUCGCGUGCCUGCAAGACCCGGUCACGGCGCAAUACUGCCGGGAACAGAACAAGUACGAUGCAUCGCUUUCCACCACUUACCACCCCAGCAAAGCCAACGCUCAGAUCAUGUAUGAAGGCCUCUCGACAUCCGGCCAUUUGUCGCAAGAUGUGCUGAGAAUUGGUGGUCUGGAAAUCCGUGACCAGCAAUUCGAAGAAGCCACCUUCUGGCGAUCCAUGUACUCUAACGGAGCACCCUUGGAUAGCGCACUGGGCCUUGCACGCCUCCAAAGUCGCACACCGGCUUCGAAUGUUAGUACGAAGAGCACCCUGCGGAAUAUGCUGGAUCAGAAGGUUCUCAGCAGACCCGUGUUCUCUCUCAGGCUUCCCCGUCGUGAUGAUGAGAGCGGGGAGUUAGCAUUAGGCUACAUUCCUUCCGAAGCUUUGGCGAGAAGUGCUGUCACUAUUCCUCUCAUCGACGCCGCGCCGCGUGAGGACCUCAGCCAACUAUCAUACUACAUCUCGAGCGGCUACACAGUCGAACUGGACUCAGUAGCCAUUCAAUCCCCACCCUCAAACAAUCCCGGUGCCAGGAAGGCGUCAAGAUACAAAGCCGUCUUCACAAACUCGUUCAGCUACAUCUCGCUCCCCGCCACCCUACUCACCGAGAUCCAAACCCAUCUCCAUCCAAACCUAGGCAUGGGCGAUCAGCUCGCGGACCUGGAUUGUUCGAUGCGCGACGAACUUCGGAACAUUGUGUUUUCGUUCAGCAAGGACGCAGUAAUCGUGCUCACGCCGUGGGACUACCUGACCGAGGUACAAGACAUCGACAAGGGAAAGCGCUGCGUGCUUCCCUUCGCAUACCUACCACAAGUCAAUGAAGAGUGGGUAGUGCUAGGUUCCGCAUUCAUGGAAGGCGUGCACACGGCGUUUGACUUGGAAAAGAGCAAAGUGUCGUUGUUGAAGUUGGACGAUUAG